AUGUUCACCCUGGCGGAGACGCGGGCGGCGGACUCCUCGGAGUCCGCGUCCCGAGCUGCAGCGCCGUCGCCGUCGAGCCUGAUCCUGAGCCACCGCAGCAGCAGCAGCAGCAGCAGCAGCAGCAGCAGCAGCGACGCGGGGGCGGCGGCUCUUUCGCAGAUUCUUUCGCUGGACCCGACGGACGAGGCGGCGGUGGCAGCAGCAGCAGCGGCCGCCGCGCGCCCCGCAGCAGCAGCGGCGCUCGCGCGGCGGCCCGUGCUGCUGCAGACCUCCCUCGGCCCGCUGCUGCUGCAGCUCUACUGGGCCCACGCGCCGCGCUGCUGCCUCAACUUCUUCCUCCUCGCCCGCCGCGGCGCCUUCGACAACUCCCUCGUGCUGCAGGUCGGCCCGCAGUGGGCGCUGGCCGGGGACCCUUCGGACUCGGGGCGGGGCGGAGUUUCUGUUUUCGGGAGGCCCUUCGAGGACGAGAUUCACCCAGGUGGCUAG